GUAUUCGCAAUUAUGAAAACAAAUGUAAAAAUCAAUAAAAUCGUACUUUUUUUCCAUAAAUAUAAGCAGUAGGUACCUCAGUAAGAAUCACAGAAAUCAUUUGAUUGUAUUACUCUCGUUCAAAAUGACAGUGAAAGUUAUCGGUGCAUAUCUGAUGUUAUCAUUCCUGGCUCUAAGCGUAUUCGCUUACGGUAAACAGAAAGUAACAGAAGAUCAGUUUAAAGCUUUUAAAGGGGUAGAUCCUUGUGAAAAUUCUCAACGUAUGCGAGACGUAUGCGAUAAAUUAGUAAAACCGAAAUAUGGAUCUAAAGCCACUUUAUUAAAAGGUUAUCCAGAAUGCGGAAAUGCUUAUGUUUCGUUACAAUUGAACUGCGGUAAAGGAACAACUACAGUGCCGACCACAUUACUCACAUGUUCGUACAAAGAAAAUGAAUAUUACACAUAUGGUAAGGGUCAGACUCCAAAUCACGUGAUGCGUUAUGAUGUUGACCCUCAGAGUAUUGCUUAUCCUUGGGCAGACGAAUCAUAUAAUUGCAAUUAACCAUAUGAAAGCAGAAACCAAGCUGAAAGUUUUCUUUUUCCAGUAAGUAGUUAUACCUACCUAAAUUGUUUACUUUAUAUUCGAACUCAACAUCAUGAUAGUAAUAAAAUUGCACGAUGAUUACCAUAA